AUGAACAAUAUAAAUAUAUCUACCACGAUUGAAGGAACUGAAAGCACUUUACAGAAACAAGCGAAGAAAUUAGCAAAACUGAGAAAUAAAGAGACUUUUAGAAGACCCACCCAUUUAUUUAUGCAUGAAAAAUGUCUGACAAAAAUUCCCAAACCGAAGAACUCAAAUCAUUUGAUAUACGCUUACUAUCACAACAACCAUAUUACAAAGAUCGAAAAUCUGGAUUUGCUCUAUAACGUAACACAUUUACAUUUACAAUGGAAUAAAAUUACAAAAAUUGAAGGAUUAGAAAAUCUUUACAACCUGAAGAAAUUGUACUUGGGAAACAACUGCAUCAGUGUCGUUGAAAAUUUGGAAGGCUUGAAAUAUUUGGAGGAAUUACACAUUGAAAAGCAAAAUAUGGACAACGCUGACGGCCUCUGUUUUGACCCUCGGACCAUGGUCUCAAUUGGGGCUUCAUUGCGCAUAAUAAACGUAUCAGAAAAUAAAAUCACAGACAUGGCUUGGGCCAGACCUCUGAGAAGACUGGAAGUCCUCAUCGCUAAAAAAAAUAACUUGGAAGACUAUCAGGCUGCAGCCGACAACCUCUGCAUGAUUGUUGGCCUGGUGGACGUGAAUUUCAUUGGAAACCCUAUGACGAGAAAACAUAGAUAUAAAGAAACUAUGAUUGCAAGAUGUGCCCAAUUGCGUGUACUGGACACCGUUAUGAUCCAUCACACGUCCAAGACUUUCCUUCAAAGUUUCGAUAAAGUAGUGAGAUUGAGACAACUGCACGAAAGGAAUAAGCUAGACAUGAACCAACGCGGUGCCGACGAGUUCCUUGAGCUGAAUAUGCUGCCGGGGCCCAGAGCUCACAGCGCCCUCUCUAUAUCCGAGUACUCCAAUCAGAAGCCGAAGAUGACUGCCGUGGAUUCUUCGUACACUUUCAUGCCGCGUGCCUUCUGGCGAUCGAGGCCGGCUCCGUCUCCACGCGAGCCAGUCGGUGUCGCUCCACCCAUGGAAGCACCGCCGCCACCAAAACAACCCAUAGCAGACCCCUCCGGCCCGCCCAUCAAGGGAAUAUUGAAGAAACCGAUGCCUAUCAAAUAUUUGUCUUGA